AUGGACGAUGGAUGGUGCCGGCACCUUCUCUACAGGUGCACUCAGCCUCCCAGGGCUUUCCCCCUCCCUGUUGCUGGAGCCAGCUUCACCGCCCAGCUCACGCCUGGAAUGAGCCCUGCCAUGACCCUGCCAUUUUCCUCCAUGGCCACCCAGCCACCCAGGUCCGGUGGCCCAGCAGGGUAUGACGGGCGCCAGCCCCACUCCAACCAGGACUUCGAUUAUGACAGCAUCCCUGGAGUCUGCCCCACACCCACCACUGCUCCCUCCUACCAGCCAUGCUCCCUGGUGCCCUGGAACUCAGACCCUUGGGAGACCCCUGCCCGUGUGUGGGCAAGGGCCAAAGGAGCUAACUGUCAGCCCAGCGAUGGGUACAGCCAAGUGCAGCCCCCACAGUGGCACCCACCACUAGGGGCACAGCCAGCCAGCGGCCCAUCCUCCAGUUACACCUAACCCCCAGCAUCCAGCAUCCAGGCCUCCAUCUUUGUGUCCACCCUGCCUUCCUCACCCUCAACCUCCUACAGCUUUGCCUCCACCCUGUUCACAGGACUAAGCUACCCAAGCUGUGACAUGUCAGCAGCUGGUCCUUACGAUGCUCCACUGCUCCCCCCACAGAUGCAACCUCCACCACCUCCACUCCCAAAGCCUGAGGUUGUCCCGUGGGGUGGCUCAGGGAACAGCUCCAGUGCCAGUUCUGCCGGCCGCUUCCCGAAGAAGCCACCAGUUCCCACCAGGCUGCUGAAACCCAAGGGUUGGCCCACACCCCCGCUUCACUACUGUGACAUCUGCAAGAUCAGCUGUGCCGGUGCCCAGGUCAGCCACCCAUGCCUAAUGCCUCCCCUCCCUUGUUCCCUGUGGCCAGCCAGAGGUCAGGGUUGGAGCCUGCCCAAGAGAGGCCUGUUAUUAAACUUACAACGUCAUGUGUGCAUCAGAAGUGCCUUAAGAUUGCCCUACUGGUGUUUGAGUGGGAGAAAUGAGAGCAGCACAGCACUGACUGUUGGCCAUAGAAACCUCGUCUUAAACCCCAAGGUGAGGGGGGCUUCUCUUAACUCUGGCCCCAUGCACACCCCAGUGCUCACAGUGGACACACUGGACUCUCACACUUAUCCCACACGCCGGCUGGAGUCCAGUGAUGACCACCGUGUCUGGUGCAAGCACACCCCCAUCUAGCCCACAGAGGCGGAGCUCCGGGCUGCCCAGAAGGCUGCUCACUCAGAGUGUGCCCUCAAGCUGGUGUCGGACACAUGGGCAGAGAAGGGCAGGGGCCCAGAGCAGGAGGGGGGCGAUUGCGGUAUCGGCCCCUCUGCUCGGAUCCUGAAAGGCGUGAUGCGGGUCGGCCUCCUGGCCAAAGGCCUCCGCCUUCAGGGAGACAGGACAGUGCAGCUAAUCCUGCUCUGCUCCCAGAAGCCCACCCGCCUGCUGCAGAGGGUCAUGGAGCAGCUGCCCCGGCAGCUCCUGAUGGUAACGGAGGACAUAGAGGUCCCCUCUGGUCCUGAAGCCAACAUCAUCUUCUCAUCCUGUGAGGAGCCCAGAAUACGGGUCACUGUGUCUGUCACCUCGCCCCUAAUGCCGGAGGACCCAUCUGUGGACAGAGAAGGAAUGGAAGUGCCUUUGCCUGACCAGGGGACAUCUUGAGCCAGGAAGUGUCUCCAGUCGCUGGCCGCCCUCCACCAUGCGAAGUGGUUCCAGGCACGAGCCAGCAGCCUACAGCCCUGUGUAAUCCUCGUCGGGGUUUUUGGGGACCUCCAGCGUGUGCCAACCUGUGGGGCCCUGCCAGACUGGGCCAUGGGGCUGCUGGUGGAGAAGGCUCUGAGCAGUGCCCUGGGGCCCCUGAGCCCCGGGGACCCCGUGUGAGGGGUCCUGGAGUGUGUGGCCUCAGGGACACUCAUGACAGAUGGGCCUGGGCUCCGGGCCUGUGAGAGAGACCAGACGGACGCGCUCGAGUCCAUGACCCUCCAGCAGUGGGAAGACAUCACAGCCAGCGCCCAGCACGCCCUGGGCAUGUUGGCAUUUCAGCAGAUCCACAAGAUCCUGGGCAUGGGCCCCCUGCCACCACCCAGAAGCAGGCUGGGUUGCUUCCACUUCCGGAAGAGGCCUCCUGAGGCCUGUGAGGCUGAGGAAGGCCCAGGAAGCAGGCCAGCUCAGCGGAGGGGGCUGUGUGAUGGCCCCGCCUCCCCAGCAGGACCUGGCCUGCCGCUGAGUGGCUGCUCCACCCCACAUGGGACAGAUGUGUUCUCCUUUCCAGUUAUGUUCCAUGGGUUCCAUUUAAAACACUGGUGCUUUGAUCCUCUGAAAUCCCAUCACCCAGGGAUGAGAACUCUGGGAGGGGCACCACCCCAAGGUGCCCCCAGUGCUGCACAGAAGAUUUAGAAGGUGUAGCGCAGCCCAAGCUGGUUUGGCUCAGGGGAUAGAGCAUCGGCCUGUGGACCGAAGGGUCCCGGGUUCAAUUCCCGUAGAGGGCAUGUACCUCAUUUGCAGGCUCCUCUCGGGCCUGGGCCCUGGUCAGGGCGUGUUCAAGAGGCAACCAAUCGAUGUGUUUCUCACACUGAUGUUUCUCUCUAUCUUUCCCUCUUUCUUCCACUCUAAAAAUCAAUGGGAAAGUACCCUCGGGUGAGGAUUUAAAAAAAAAUAAAAAUAAGAAGGCAUAGCACAGUGACUGACUUUGAACCCUGGCAUCUUUGCUAGCUGGUUCUAGCAGGCGCAUUAUCCACCAAAACAGGAAGUGGCCGGGGCCUGACUGCUCCUACUUCCCUGGGAGGGCAGGCUGCUUGCUUUUGCCUCUUCCGCCUCCGUCCCCUUUCUGAGGGAGCGCCCCUCCCUGCCUCUUACAGGCACCCGGACAACACCCCUUUGCUGGUCCUGGCCGCAGCCACAGACAUCCUUUACCUCACAUGGGGAGCUUCACCUUACACACCUCUCUCCCUUUAAUCCUGGCUCAGCGACUCUGCAUUCACCCCGCGGCCCAGGCUCACUGCCACCACCACUGCAGGGAGUCCUGGGUUCCUUUGUGCUGGGACAAACCAUCAGAAAGUCCCGCUUCUCCUCUUCAUCCACAUUGUCACUCUGCUGCUUCAACCCUCCAUCAGCAGGAGCUCUGGCUAAAACUCAGAAUUGCACUCAGGAUAGAACCCGAAUCCCAGGGAAGCCCCCACAAGAACCCAUCUGCCACUCUCCCUCAGUAACUCCACGUCAGACCCACCAGCCUCUGCUUGUCAUCAGACCAGCCAAUCUUAUUCCUGCCCCCAGGGCCUUUGCACAUGCUGUUCCCACUGCAUAGCAAGCUCUUCCCCUGACCUUCCUUCCUUCAGAUCUCAGCUCAGAUGUCACCUCCUCAGGGAGGCCUCCUUGACCUCCUCAGCCUGCUGCAUAACUGAUUAAAAUCACUUGGUACCUGCCUUCCUCCCAGGAUGUGAAUUCUCUGGGGGCAGGAAAUAGAUCUACUUUACUCACCACAGGACCCACAGGUCUAGAGCAGACCAAGUACAUAGUAGUAGCUCAGUAAAUAUGUUAAAGGCUUGAAGUCAUGCUCUGAUGCCCAAGCACAGGUCUCUUCAUACGAGGAAUUUGCCUCCGGGCAGUUAGGAAGACACCAUUUGUUUCUGUCUUGUCCCAGGAAUGACUGUAACAGCUGGGCCCAGAGACGUCAGUGAGGGCAGUGGCAGUAUGAUGAAGGGAAGGGAGAGUGGGUCCGUCUUUGGGACCCGGAUGUGGCUGUAGGAGUCACAGCCUCACCUGGUGGAAAGCCCUGUGUCCUGCUGCUGUGGCCAACUCCCAAGGGCAGCUCUUGGAAACGACAUCGCCCACUGUUCUCCAGUCCCAUCCCUGGCUCCCGGGGAAGAUGGAUAUAUCUUUGCCACCAGGUGGUUUAAGGCCAAUUCUGUUGACAGAAAAUGAAAUCUUCCACCAUCACCCCUCCCCCCGACCAGUAACUCCAAAAAAACAACCCACAUGCAAAUUUAGGCAACAUGACAGCAAAAUCAAGCAGUUGGUUAGCAAUGUAUUCAGUCCAGAUGGAUGAAACGUCUGGGUGAUAGAGCUCCCUCAAGACCUAAAGAGGGGUCAUCCCUGAUCUUCCCUCUCCAGCCCUCUUCCCGCCGGCCAGAGGGCUCCAGAACAGGCCGGAGGGAAGGUACUGGCCCAGGCGCCCGAGAGGCCAGACUGCUGCGAGGGGGAGAAGCGUCCUGAGACAGUGACGCAGGACCUCAGCUGCAGGAUGCUGGCGGGAGAGCCAGUUGCUAGGAGACAGCAGCGAGUGUGGGAGAGAUGCCUUGAGGAGUGUGGGCAGGGCUGGAGCUGAACCUGGCAGUCCAGGGAAGGAAAAAAAAGGAAGGGCAGAUCCCUUGGCUUCAUCUGCCAGGUCACUAACACGAAUGGACAGCCGGGAAACGCAGUCCCCUGGUCCAGAAUAGGUCCCAUUCAGGGGUCGAGGGAGCAUCUCCAAGACUCGGCUGGGUCCAGGGGCUUGUGUGGGAUAACGUUGGCUCCACCUUCUCCUUGAUUCCCUGUUAGUUUGGCUUCCGGGGCUGAGAAGAUGUAUCCGGUGAGUAAAUUAAGGCUCUGCUGAGCGGACAAGCUAGAGACCCGUGUUUCUCCUAAAGGUGGAAAAGG